CCUGAAUCAUUCUCCACCAUCUUAGUGAGGAAUACGCAGGUACGAUGUGGUGGCUGAAUACAUAGUGGGGGAAUGGGUCUUUAUCAGAAAAUGAGCUGGAUACACUCUAUGUGGAUUGCUGGGGCCCUUGUGGCCCUCGCGAGGGGACACCACACUAUGAUGGAAGGAAAAGACUUAUUAAAUACAGGGUACCAUCUCUGCACCUUCAAUGAGACCAGGAAAGAGAGUAGGUUGGUAUAUCAUGCGGUCCCUUACAUCGUGCAAAGACACUGCGGGAGCUGGCUGCCAUGGCGGAUGUGUAACGUCACUCUUUACAAGAUGACCUUGUGGCCGGAGUACAAAGAGGUCGUCCGAGAGGUCACCAGAUGCUGCCAUGGUUUCGUACACAUGGGUCCCUACUGUGUGCUGCCACUCAACAGAACCAGGGAGUUCACUACCAAGCCGGGAUUCUGCCCGACCGCAGCUGAAAAGUCACAUGACGGCUGCCAAACCUGUGCUUGGGACAUCGACUGCCCAGGUUGGCAGAAAUGCUGCCAAACGUUGAAUCGUUCCCGAUGUGUCGACCCUGCCAUGUUUACACAUUACGUAGCCAACGGAGGAUGGAGGCUCAAUGUGACGGUGACCGUGAAGACGGAUUACGAUGUCAUGAUGGCCUUGGAUAAAGGACUUCUUAACCACACACAAUUGUUGCACACCAUGGUGAGCGGGGCGCUGAACUCCUCAGAUAUUUCGGUCCAGUAUCUCAGCUCGUGUCCAGUGGUUCCUUACAGGACAGCUACGUCUCUGAUAAUUGGCUGUGAUGCCAAACUCUCCCUGGACGUCACCACGGCCAAAUUGCAUAAACUCCUCAGGGACAUAUCAGAGGUUUCCUCUGUAACAGUGGAAGACGUGGAUGAGUGUGCGCACACUGCUCUCCGUAAUUGCUCCCCUCACGCCGAGUGUAACAACACCGCGGCCUCCUACCACUGCUCCUGUCGCCACGGCUACACAGACGUUCUUCCCCAAAAUGCUGGUGCAUCGUGUGAAGUUUACCAGACCCCCACCAAUGCAACCCCCUGUAUCAAUGGACAAACUGGAUCCACAAGCCAAAGCCCCUCUGCCACUCCUGGACCCACCGUGGACCCACCCUGGUGGUCGGCUUCAGCACCGACCACCCUGCAGACAAACGCCACUUCUAACACAAGCACCCCACCGCCUGAGGAGAUGUCCACAUGUGCUCCUCCCAAACUCACCCAACUGUCUUCAUCCCACAUCACGGGAACAUCCUUCUGCCUGUCCUGGUCUGGCCUGCCACAGAGCAACCAGACAAGCUAUUUAGUUGAUCUGAAAGAGGGGUCAGAGUUCAUCAUUCACCUGGUGACCAAUGAGACCAAGGUGAACAUGACAGAUCUGGAUCCUGGGGUGCUCUACAGUGUCACCAUCACCCCCUGUGCAUGUGAUGCCCAAGGGGAGAGUCAACUAUUAAAUGUGAAGACGGCUGCUCAGAACCUUAAGGCCACUGCAAAAGUGACAAAUGUGAACUUCACUGAUGACUUCCUAAACUCAAGCAGUCAGGCUUACUUCAAUUUCUCUAAGAGUAUUAAAGAAGAGAUAUACAAGUCUCUCUCUUCAGAGCUCAAAGAACUGGUUGACUCUGGGAAGGUGAGAAUUGAGAUCAUCAGCCUGUCACAGGGCAGCGUGGUUGUCAACUUCUCCAUCGUCUACGACGCGAGCGUCACCGAGCUCAACGUGUCCUCUGCAGUGUUGGGCUCCCUGUUAAACAGCACCAGAUACAGUGUGGACGAACACAGCACAAGUGUAUCUGAUGUUGAUGAAUGUGCUUCGGGGCUGAACGUCUGUUCCCAAAAUGCCACAUGCAAUAACACCUGGGGCUCCUACACAUGUGUUUGUAAUGAUGGCUUUGAAGAUAUGGACUCUGAUUGGCCAGGACGAGUCUGUGGAGAUACCACUACCUCUUCCUUAGCCCCGUCCACCACUGUACCUGUCACUACCCCUUUCUUAGCCCCGUCCACCACUGUACCUGCCACUACCUCUACCUUAGCCCAACCCACCACUGUACCUGCCACUACCUCUUCCUUAGCCCAACCCACUACUGUACCUGUCAGUACCCCUUCCUUAGCCCCGUCCACCACUGUACCUGCCACUACCCCUUCCUUAGCCCAACCCCCCACUGUACCUGCCACUACCUCUUCCUUAGCCAAACCCACCACUGUACCUGUCACUACCCCUUUCUUAGCCCCGUCCACCACUGUACCUGCCACUACCUCUACCUUAGCCCAACCCACCACUGUACCUGCCACUACCUCUUCCUUAGCCCAACCCACUACUGUACCUGUCAGUACCCCUUCCUUAGCCCCGUCCACCACUGUACCUGCCACUACCCCUUCCUUAGCCCAACCCCCCACUGUACCUGCCACUACCUCUUCCUUAGCCAAACCCACCACUGUACCUGCUACUACCUCUUCCUCAGCCCAACCCACCACUGUACCUGCCACUACCUCUACCUUAACCCAACCCACCACUGUACCUGUCACUACCCCUUCCUUAGCCCCGUCCACCACUGUACCUGCCACUACCUCUACCUUAGCCCAACCCACCACUGUACCUGCCACUACCACUUCCUCAGCCCAACCCACCACUCAACCUGCCACUACCUCUUCCUUAGCCCAACCGACCACUAUACUUCCUACUACCUCUUCAUUAGCCCUGCCCACCACUGAACCUGCCACUUCCUCUUCCUUAGCCCCGCCCAUCACUGUACCCAUUAACUACACAUUCAUGGGCAAUCCCAACAUUAAUAAAGGGCUUCCAUCCAUCUCGGUGGAAUGCAGCCCAAAGGCCAUCAUGGUGACGGUAGCCAAGGAUUUUCUGCAGACCAAACAAAUCAGUUUGCCGUCACUCCACCUCGGUCAGGAGUCCAACCUCCCACUCGACCUCAACGAUUCCCACGUGCGCCUGACCGCGGCAUGGAACGACACCAACCGGUUCAGCAACGACUCCUACCUCACAGCCAAGGUGACCCUAUUCAACAGCCCGGAGCCAUUGCUGAACGGCACCAAGGGCAUCGUGCACACACUGGAGGUGCCCAUCCUCUGCGCCUACAGGAAGAGCGUCUUCAUCUCCGCAAACUUUGGUGACAUGGGAUACAACAUGAACAUAGACCCUAUAUCGGCCUCGGGCUCCUUCAAAGUGAUCAUGCAGUUGCUGAACGGCAGUGGCACAUCUGCCCUGCCGCACAACUACACUUUGUCCCCUGACGAGGAGGUGGUGGUCAAGGUCUCCAUGAACACCUCCGCUGAGGAGAUGAGGCUGAUCAUCAGCAAGUGCUGGGCCACCCCCACCAGGGAUUUUGGGGACAACCCCAGCUACAUUUUCCUGAACAGGGGCUGUCCUCUGACCGACUCCUACACUGCAAUCAUAAGCAACGGGAACUCGAGCUCGUCCUCGUUGUCGGUGCGGAUCUUCUCCUUCGUAGAGUUGGAUGUGGUCUACCUCAAGUGCCAAGUCCACAUCUGUGUGGAGAUGGGAUCGGCGACAUGUGUACCUGACUGCAGCAUGAGUAAGGCCCGCCUUGCCAGAACAGUUGAUUCCCUUGUCGGCUCCCCUGGGGCUUUGAUACGAGAGCAUGAGUAUAGCCUUGAGACGGAAAGCGAUAUAAUCCAAGUCGUGGGCUUCAGCUUUCUUGGAAUAUGCAUAAUGGUGAUCUUUCUGGCGGGUUUCACCUGCAUCGUCUUCUACCAAAGAAACCGUAUCGGCCACUACAACUUCAACAUCAAACCCAAGCAGGACGACUUCACCUUCCAUGUCUUCAAUACGUAGGGAUUCAAUGAGGGUGGCAUUGUGUCCCUUGUCAUAGGCUUGUCGUAAGCAGGUACAUUAAUGAUCUCGUUUCAUUGUAUAAAUGUUUUAGAGCCACAUCACGCAAUGAAUUGUCAUUGAUUCACGCUGUAGCGUAUACAUCAUAGUGUAUAUUAUGUUUUAAAAGCUAUCCAAAGUCUGUCGCAUUCAGUUCAACAAUUGCCAGGGAAAAAUGUAGGCAAAGAUACGAUGUAACGCACUUUCUCUCAAUAUUUUUCUACAUAGACGAAAUUAGUUACUCUUUUUUUAUGUCCUCUACUUGCAAUGCAUAGAUGAUUGAGUGUAUGAUGAAGAUAAAGUUGGCUGUAAUAAUU